AUGGUACGGGUUGCGAAGACAAGGUCUUCCAGAUUUUGGAAAAUUCAAAAAUAUGAAGGGCCUCAUAGUUUCUUGGCAAGUUCGAUGUCUCAAGACCACGCUCAACUAGAUAGCAAUGUGAUCUGCCAGCACAUAUUCCCCAUGGUGCAUGCUGAUGCGACUAUCUGUGUAAAGGUAUUGCAAGGAUCGGUAGAGUCAGCAUACAGGUACAAGGUGUCUUACAAGAAAGUUUGGCACGCGAAGCAGAAGGCAAUCGCAAGAAUCUAUGGUGAUUGGGACGAUUCGUAUGACCAGCUACGCAGAUACUUCAAUGCGCUGCAAGCUUUUGUCCCAGGGACAAUUGUUGACCUCCAAACGGUUCCGUACUAUGUCGGAAACACCCUUGACUGUGAUAGUGUCAUGUUUCACCAGGUCUUCUGGUCGUUCCCAUCGUGUGUUCAAGCGUUUAGGCAUUGCAAGCCGCUGGUGUCAGUAGACGGAACACACCUAUACGGUAAGUACGCUGGCACCCUUCUCAUGGGCAUAGCACAGGAUGGAAACAAUAACAUUCUGCCCGUCGCUUUUGCCCUCGUAGAAAGAGAGAACACAGAUUCAUGGUACUUCUUCCUGACUAAUUUGAGGAGACAUGUAGCGACUAGGCCAGGAGUGCUUCUUAUCUCCGACAGGCAUGCUGCAAUAAAGGCCGCAUUGGAGCGUGAAGGAUGUGGUUGGGAUCACAAUGCUUACUGUGUACAACAUAUUGCCUCCAACUUCGCAACAAGUUUCAAGAGUAAGGAGGCCAAAAGACACCUGGUUAAUGCCGCUUAUUCGAAGACGCAAGAGCAGGCGCAGUACUAUCUUGAGUUAAUUAGCAGCGAGGAUCCCAUAGUAUCGCUGCAGAUGAUGGGUUGGAUACGAGGGUUAGAGCCACCUAAAUGGCUGCAGCACCUUGAUGAGGGCCGACGAUAUGGUCACAUGACGACCAAUCUUUCUGAGUGUAUCAACUCCGUCCUGAAGGGCACUAGAAAUCUACCAGUCUGUGCAAUUGUGAAGUCUACCUACCAUCGCCUAAAUGAGUUAUUCAUCAUCAAGGGUCGGCAAGCACAAGCGCAGAUUGCAAGUGGUCAGGUGUUCUCACAGUUCCUGCAGAAAGCCAUAUUAGCGAACCGUGAGGGAAUAUCUCAGAUGUUAGUGACGUCGUUCGAUAGAGCCACAACCGUAUUCACAGUAGAUGAGAUAGCUGUUGCAGGGGUGCAGUCUCGGUUUAGGGUUAACCUUCAGUUUCGUAGAUGUGACUAUGGUUACUUCCAGGUGUUACACUACCCAUGUGCUCAUGCUAUAGCCGCUUGCGCCUACGCGAGACUAGAGUGGCAACAGUAUGUUGAUUUGGUUUAUCGCGUCGAGAGCGUCUUUCGGGUUUAUGAGAUGGAGUUCCAGCCAAUGCCGGAUGAGGAUAUAUGGCCCCCUUAUGAAGGCCCACGUGUCCGUCCCAACCCCCUCUUACGACGCAUACUUGAAGGACGUCCGGUGACUACGAGGAUCCGGAAUGAGAUGGACGAGGUUGAGCCGGGACUCGGUAAGCGGUGUGGCCUUUGCAGGCAAACAGGACAUACAAGGCGACAUUGUCCCAACGCUAAUACAACCUAG